UUACAAUAAUAUUUAUUUUUACACAUUAAUUACAAUAAUUAUACUUGUAUUAAUUAUUGUUGUAUUAUAUUAUCAAUUGAAAUUGUUCGGAAGGUCUGAGAUACAGAGUAAUCAAAUCUGAGAGUCAAUUGGCCAAUUGGGACCCUCUUAUGCCAAACCUAAUCACUAAAGAGUAAAGAUAUUCCCAUCCUUUAUAAAUUGAUACCUAUAAAAAUCAAAAUCCUCACAUCACUCAACUGUCUUCUACAAACUCACAACAUACACAAUAAUCCAAACCUAUUCACAAGAAGCAAAAAAUGCAAGAAACAAACCAAAAACCCCACGUAGUAGUAAUCCCAAGUCCAGGGAUGGGCCACCUUAUCCCCGUCGUCGAAUUCGCCAAGCUCCUCCACCACCACCACCACUUCUCAAUCUCGCUUCUCCUCCCAUCUUCAUCUCCACCCACCACCGCGCAAACCACCUUCCUCUCGGCCUUACCUCCUGCCAUCUCCCUUACGUUUCUCCCUCGUGUCGACUCCUCUCUAAUACCUUCUAAUGUAGCCCAUGAAGUCACCAUUCAUCUGACUCAUUUCCAUUGUCUUUCCCACGUUCGUUCAGCCCUCUCUUCACUCACCAAUGUUGUUGCUCUCGUUACUGAUCUUUUUGGUACCGACUACUUUGAUGUUGCACGAGAGUUUAACGUCCCGCCUUACAUGUACUUCACUACUAAUGCGUUCUGCUUACUGUCGUUUUUCCACAUGCCUAAGUUGCAUGAAACGGUGUCGUGUGAGUAUAGGGAUAUGGUCGAACCCUUGGUUUUACCCGGGUGUGUGCCGCUCUAUGGUAAGGAUUUUGUUGAUCCUGCUCGAGACCGUCAAGAUGAGGCAUAUCGAGUGUUUCUUUAUCAGAUCAAGAGGUAUGUUUUAGCUGAGGGAAUUUUUGAAAACACGUUCUUAGACCUUGAACCGGGUGCUAUUCAUGCCUUGAAAACCGAGGAUCCGAACAGGCCUGAAAUUUACCCGGUCGGACCAAUCAUCAAGUCUGAUUUGGGUGGGGAGGCCAACGAGGGGUUAGAGUGUUUGAGUUGGUUGGACCAGCAACCACCAGGUUCGGUUUUGUUUGUUUGUUUUGGGAGUGGAGGGACUUUAUCUAAUGAGCAGAUUAAUGAGUUAGCUAUUGGGUUAGAAAAUAGUGGGCAAAGGUUUUUGUGGGUGGUUAGGGCUCCUAGUAACUCUAGUCAAGAUUCAUUUUUUACCCAAGGUAGUGACAAAGAUGAUUCAUUUGGUUUCCUCCCAAAGGGAUGCUUGGAUAGGAUCAAGAAUCGUGGCCUUUUAGUCCCAUCUUGGGCCCCCCAACUAAAGGUUUUGAGCCACAAGUCUACGGGUGGGUUCCUGAGUCAUUGUGGGUGGAACUCGACUUUAGAGAGUAUCGUCUAUGGGCUGCCUAUGAUUGCUUGGCCACUCUAUGCAGAGCAAAGGAUGAGCGCCGUGUUGCUUAAUGAAGGGAUCAAGGUGGCAUUACGGCCUAAGGCAAAAGAAAGUGGAGUUGUCGAAGCAGACGAGAUAGCUAGAGUUGUCAAGGAGUUGAUGGAAGGUGGAGAAGGGAAGAAAGCAAGGGAGAAGAUGAAGGAAUUGAGUGAAUAAGCAAGAAAGACUAGAAGUGAAGAUGGUGAUUCAACAAGAAUUCUUAGCCAAGUAGCUCAGAAAUGGAGUCAAAAGUAGGUAAGAGUCUAAAACUUAUUGGAGAACAUUUUACAUAUGCAACUUUUGUUUGUUGUUUACCGACGACUCGAGGGCGACGACUACCUUUUACUGUAUUUGAUAAGGAAUAAAGUUGGUUUGUACUGUAAUCUGUAACUAGUUUUAUUAUUAGGGCAAUGAGAUUUCUUUGUCUGGAUGAAAUUGAAAAAAGCAUUAAA